GAAAAAUGUCCUCAUUAUGCCAUGCCAAAUUGCCAAUCAUCCCUCAAAUCUCAUAUGUUGUGGAAGCUUACUUGCAGUAUACAAGUUGUAGUUGUACAAUCACAUUCUCCGUUAAAAAAACAUUUUUAUAAAAAUAAAUCGAUUCAUAAAAUCUCAACCUCGAAUCUUCCACUUUUGCAAUCUCAUUCAAGUUCAUCGAGAUCUACUUCAGGUAGAUUUGAUGCUGCAAAACGAUUGGAUUAGCUAUAUAGCUUAGAUCAAGUUAGGUUGAAUUGAAGAUUGAGCUGAUUUGCUGGUUUUCUAUUGCAAUGGCUUCUUUGGAGAAGAGGAUGCUGCGAAUAAACCGGGUUUUCUUGUGCUUGUUCCUAUUUGCUUUUGUUUGUGAUGGAUUUUACUUGCCUGGGACUUACAUGCACACAUACUCCAAUGAUGAUGAAAUAUAUGCGAAAGUGAAUUCGCUGACUUCCAUUGAGACUGAGCUUCCCUUUAGCUAUUACAGUCUUCCGUAUUGUAAGCCACAUGAUGGGGUUAAGAAAAGUGCAGAGAAUCUCGGAGAGCUUCUCAUGGGAGAUCAGAUUGACAACUCCCCUUACCGAUUUCGGAUGAAUAAGAACGAGUCUGUUUUCUUGUGUAUUACUAGUCAACUUAAUGAACAGGAGGUGAAACUUUUGAAACAGAGAACUCGCGAUCUAUAUCAGGUGAACAUGAUUUUAGAUAAUCUCCCUGCAAUGAGGUAUGCAAACCAAAAUGGUGUAAAGAUCCAAUGGACUGGGUUUCCAAUUGGAUAUUCUCCAGCAAACAGCAAUGAUGAUUACAUUAUAAAUCAUCUGAAGUUUAAGGUUUUGAUUCACGAAUAUGAAGGAAGUACUGUGGAGAUUAUUGGUACAGGGGAGGAAGGUAUGGGAGUGAUCUCAGAGGCUGACAAGAAAAAGACGAAUGGUUAUGAGAUUGUUGGUUUUGAGGUUGUUCCCUGCAGUGUCAAGCAUGAUCCUGAAGAGAUGUCAAAACUUCACAUGUAUGAUAAUAUUAAUUCGAUCAAUUGCCCAGGGGAUCUUGAAAGGUCUCAAAUCAUAAGAGAGCAAGAGAGAGUUGCUUUUACUUAUGAGGUUGAGUUUGUGAAGAGUAGUACUAGAUGGCCAUCUAGAUGGGAUGCUUACCUAAAAAUGGAAGGUGCACGGGUGCAUUGGUUCUCCAUUUUGAAUUCCCUCAUGGUGAUCUUUUUCUUGGCUGGAAUUGUGUUUGUAAUAUUUUUGAGGACUGUAAGAAGAGAUUUGACCAGGUAUGAGGAACUGGACAAAGAAGCUCAAGCACAGAUGAACGAGGAGCUGUCAGGAUGGAAGCUUGUUGUGGGUGAUGUGUUUAGAGAACCCGAGCAUGCUAAGCUAUUGUGUGUGAUGGUUGGAGAUGGUGUUCAGAUUACAGGAAUGGCCGCUGUGACUAUUGUCUUUGCAGCUCUUGGUUUUAUGUCACCUGCAUCUAGGGGAAUGCUGUUAACAGGAAUGAUAAUACUAUACCUUUUGCUGGGAACUCUUGCAGGAUACGCUGGUGUAUACCUAUGGAAAACCAUCAAGGGAACACCCGAUGGUUGGAGGUCUGUUGCCUGGUGGAAUGCUUGCUUUUUCCCGGGGAUUGUCUUUGUCAUCCUCACUAUGUUGAAUUUCCUCCUUUGGGGUAGCAAGAGUACUGGUGCUAUACCAAUAUCUUUAUAUUUUAUCCUUCUCUCCCUUUGGUUCUGCAUUUCAGUUCCCCUCACUCUGUUUGGAGGUUAUCUUGGAACCCGAGCUGAGCCUAUUCAGUUUCCUGUGCGCACCAAUCAAAUCCCCAGAGAAAUUCCUGCUCGAAAAUACCCUUCAUGGUUGCUUGUUCUUGGUGCUGGUACCCUUCCAUUUGGAACCCUGUUUAUCGAGCUUUUCUUCAUUUUGUCCAGCAUUUGGCUGGGAAGGUUCUACUAUGUCUUUGGUUUCUUGUUUGUUGUCCUCUUGUUGCUGGUGAUUGUUUGUGCUGAAGUUUCUGUGGUCCUAACUUACAUGCAUCUCUGUGUUGAAGAUUGGCGUUGGUGGUGGAAAGCAUACUUUGCUUCAGGUUCUGUUGCUCUAUAUGUCUUCCUUUACUCCAUUAAUUACUUGGUUUUUGAUCUCCAGAGUCUCAGUGGACCUGUGUCAGCUCUGCUUUAUCUGGGCUAUUCCUUAAUCAUGGCAGUUGCGAUUAUGUUGUCUACCGGCACCAUCGGAUUCAUUAUGUCAUUCUACUUUGUUCACUAUCUGUUCUCAUCAGUAAAGAUUGAUUAAGGUCUACAUACGAUGAUUGCUGCUGCGAUAUGGCAUUAUUUACAGAACAAAAGAGGAGAUUUUGUUGACUAUUUCUCCCAUAUUUGUCAAAUGUCCUCCUCGGGAUGGACGAAAGGUUACUAGAUAUAGAGGAUAAGAGCAUUUAGCUGCAUCUGAAGACCUGAUGAAGCAAGGUCUUUUUUUUUCCUUUUAAAUUUUUUUUUCUCUAGCAUGUAUUCUCUUUCUUUUUCUUCGUUUUCCCCUCUAUUGUUUAGUUUUGAGUUGUAUUCUCAAUAGAUGUCCUCGUUCAUAUAACGGUUUCUACCGGCAGAAUUGUACUCCAUUGGAUGUAUUUUCAUCAAUUAGAUAUUAGACCAAAUGUUUGUUUCAUUCACAUUCUUUCUACUAUCA